GCCCCAGUCCAGAAGGGAAGAGCCACCCAGAGAUGUGGCCCUAGGUGCAGGGAGCUGCUGCGGGGAAGGCAGACCCAGGCGAGAGCGCUGGGGCUUUGGGACUCCAGGAGACUCAGGCGGCACUCGGCGACGGUGAGGUUGGCUGCGGGCCAUGCUGGGCACAGCACGGGGCCGGGGCCUUUGCCCUCCCACCGGGGAGCUGAUGGGGACGCUGGUCUGGCUCUCGCUCUGGGUGACGGUGGCGCUGUCUGAGGGGCGCUGGUGCGAGAGGACGGAGCAGGUGACGGAGGAGGAGGUGGUGAGCCCCCGGCGCGAGCAGGCGGUGCCCUGCCCGGACGUGUACCAGUACAACCUGGCGGGCUGGCGCAUCGACCAGCACAGGAUGCGCCAGGCCUACGGUGGGGACCAGGCCAUUGCCCACUUCCAUGCCCAGGCCGGGCCCACCGCCCCCCUGUGCUACAUCUACAAGCCCCCGGACACGAGGCCCGUGGUGUGGAACCGCACGGUGCGAGCCUGCUGCGAGGGCUGGAGCGGGCCCCACUGCACCCAGGGCGAGGGCUUCCUGGGACUCUGCUUCUCUACAUGGCAGUGCCAGGCCGGCCUGGGCACCUGGAACCUGUCCCUGCUGAGCAUGGCCGAGUGCUGCGGGCGGCCCUGGGGCCGCAGCUGGAAGAACACCUCCUCCGAGGUCUGCCUCAGCUGCUCCGCCCUGCCCCUGCCAGGGGACCUGCCGGCCCCCUUCCUCCUCCGGCCCUUGCCCCCCACGGCCCUGCUGGGCCUGCCCAGGCCUCGCCACCGCCUCUUUGCCACCUGCGUCACCUGGGCCGGCUUCCACUACCGCAGCUUUGAUGGGAAACAUUUCCACUUCCACGGGGACUGCACCUACAGCCUAGCUGCUGCCUCCGAUGGCACCUGGGCCGUGGACAUCUCGGGCAGCGGGACCUGUGCACCAUCACACUGCCACCGGGUGCUGCGCAUGCUCUUCGGGCUGGACCUGGUCGUGGCUCGGGGCCGAAACGUCUCCGUGAACGGGGUCGUGGUGCCGGAGGGGGAGCCGCUCCUGCAGGACGGGAUCAGCGUCCGGUGGCUCGGUGACUUCGUCUUCGUGGAGAGCGGCCUGGGCGUGCGGGUCAAGUCUGACGGGCGCCACACGGUGUAUGUGACGGUCAGCGGGGAGCAGCGGGGCACCACGCGCGGGCUCUGCGGGCUCUACAAUGACGACCCUGCCGAUGACUUCCUGCGUGUAGGAGGGGAUGUGGCCACGUUCGCCGCCAGCUUCGGGAAUUCCUGGAGGGUCCCAGAUGCCAGCCCAGAGGUGCAGCUCCCGUGCCAGGACGUGGCGGAGGCGGGAGACAGCUGUGACGAUGCGGAGGCCAGCGCCGUGAGGCAGGAGGCCGAGGCCGUGUGCCGGAAGUUGCUGGCCAGCCCCUUCAGCCGGUGCCACUCCAAGGUGGACCCGGGCGGAUUCUACGACGCCUGCAUGUCCGCGUCCUGCUGGCAGGGGGGCACGGGGGCCGGGCAGCGGGAGGCCGUGUGCGCCACCUUUGCCAGCUAUGCCCGCGAAUGCGCCCAGGAGCUCGUCUACCUCGACUGGAGGAGGCCCGGGUUCUGCGAGAAGCAGUGCGGCCAGGGGAAGCAGUACUCGGACUGCGUGUCCUCGUGCCCGGCCAGCUGUGCCGCCGUGGGCACCGGCGAGGAGGGGCACUGCCGGGACGAGUGUGUGAGUGGCUGCGAGUGCCCGCCGGGCCUCUACCUGGAGGGGGGGGCCUGCGUCCCUGAGGGCGACUGCCCCUGCUACCACCGUCGCCAGAAGUACGCCCCGGGGCAGAGCAUCCAGCAGCGGUGCAACCAAUGCACAUGCCAGGGUGGGCGCUGGUACUGCUCGCAGGACAAGUGCUCGGCCGAGUGUGCCGUGAUCGGGGACCCGCACUACGUGACCUUCGACCAGAAGCGCUACUCCUUCCACGGCGUCUGCGAGUACAUCCUGGUGCAGGACUUUGUGGACUGGAAGCUGCUGAUCACGGUGGAGAAGGUGGCGUGUGGGAGCAAAGGGGCCGUGAGCUGCCUCCGGGCCCUGACGGUGACUGCGCACAGGACCUCCGCCCGGCUCCACAUCACAGGGGACGUGGCCGUGAAUGGGCAGGAGGUGGCCCUGCCCUUUGCCAGCGCUGACCUGAGCAUCCGACGGGCCUCGUCCUCCUUCCUGCUGCUCCAGGCCUUCGGCGCCCACGUGCUGUGGGGGCUGGAGUUCCCUGCCGCCUACAUCACCCUGCAGCCCGGCUUCGCGGGCAAGGUGCGAGGUCUGUGCGGCACCUACACCUGGAACCAGCAGGACGAGUUCACCACCCCCGCCGGGGACGUGGAGCCCAGCGUCGCCGCCUUCGCCAACAAGUUCCGGGCGUCCAGCGAGUGCCCCGCGCUCGGCUCCUUCGCCUUCGACCCCUGCAGCACCUUCGCCCAGCGCCGGGAGUUCGCCGAGGCCGCCUGCGGCACCCUCCACGGCCCGGCCUUCCAGCCCUGCCACGACCUGGUGGAGCGGGACCCCUACUAUCAGCUCUGCCUCUACGACGUGUGCGGCUGCUCGGCCGGCGGGGACUGUCUGUGCCGCGCCCUGGCCGCCUACGCCAGGCAGUGUGCCCAGGAGGGGGCGCCGGUGCCCUGGAGGAACCAGACCUUCUGCGCGGUGCCGUGCAGCGGGGGGCAGGUCUACCAGGAGUGCAGCGCCCCCUGCGGGAAGAGCUGUGCCGAUCUGCGCAUGGGGGCGGCCAGCUCCUGCCAGGCCCUGGCCGUGUGCGUGGCCGGCUGUAACUGCCCCGAGGGACUGGUGCUGGACGACAGCGGGCAGUGCGUCCCGCCGGGCAUGUGCCCCUGCGAGCACGGGGGUGAGACCUACCCGCCCGGCAGCAAGGUCCACAGGAGCUGCAACGCCUGCGUCUGUGUGAACGGGCUGUGGAACUGCACCGACGACAGCUGCCCCGAAGCCGCCUUCUGCCCCGGGGAGCUGGUCUACGCCUACGGGUCCUGCCUGCGCACCUGCGCCACUGCCGAGGGCAACCUGAGCUGCCCGGGCCUCUCCGACGGCUGCGUCUGCCCGCCAGGCACCGUCUUCCUCAACGAGCGCUGCGUCUCCCCGGACGAGUGUCCCUGCCACCAUAACGGCAGGCUGUACCAGCCCAACGACACCAUCGCCAAGGACUGCAACACCUGCGAGUGCCGGAGCCGUCGCUGGCAGUGCAGCACCCAGCACUGCGUGGGCACCUGCGUGGCCACGGGAGACCCGCACUACGUCUCCUUCGACGGGCGGGCCUUCUCCUUCCUGGGGGACUGCGAGUACGUCCUGGCACGCGAGGGCAGCGGCCUCUUCACCGUCACCUCCGAGAACGUGCCCUGCGGCACCAGCGGCGUGACCUGCACCAAGUCUGUGGUGGUGGUGAUCGGGAACGCCGUCGUCCACCUCCUGAGAGGAAAGGACGUGACAGUGAACGGAGUCUCAGUGCGGCCCCCAAAGACCUACAGCGGGAAUGGCCUGACCCUGGAGCGAGCUGGCGUCUUCCUCAUCCUCAUCUCCCAGCUGGGGCUGAGCGUGCUCUGGGACGGAGGCACCCGGGUGUACGUGAAACUGGAUCCCCGGUACCAGGGCCGCGUGGCGGGGCUGUGCGGGAAUUUCGACGGGGACACGGAGAAUGACUUCACCAGCCGGCAGGGUGUCGUGGAGCCCACAUCCGACCUGUUCGGCAACUCCUGGCGCGUCAGCCUCCUGUGCCCCGAGGUCAACAACGAGGACUUUGAGCACCCCUGCACCGUACGUCCCCAGGCAGGGGACAGGAAACCCGCGCCCAUAAGAGAGGGGAAUGGGGCGGGUGCUGUGCCGGGUGGAGGCUGGGGCGCUGUCCCGGAGUCCCCGGGCAAUGCUCUGGAACUGCUUCCCAUGAAGCCAGGCAGGACUCUGGGGAAGUCUCCUUUCUGUGAGCAGCCUGUCUGCAGGACACACAGCUCACCCAGCUUCCACCUUCCUGGGUCUGACCUCGGAGCGUUCAGCAUCCUCUGCCCCUCCGUGUGCUUCCCACAGCGAGUCCCCCCAGGCGGGGUCCUGGGGAAGCCAGAGGCUCCUGCACCCAACUUCGCAGUCAGACGGGACUCUCAGCCAGCCAGUAAAACAGAAGGUUUAUUAGUCACAUCUGGCUUGUGGGCGGUGCCCGCCCGGCCCUCGGCUGCCCCUCCCCGGCUGCCGGCGGCUGAUGCGGCGCUGUGUGUGGGCAGGUGCGACGCCGGGGGGGACUGCGAGUGUCUGUGCACAGCCAUCGCCGCCUACGCCGAGGAGUGUAACAAGCGCGGGGUGUACGUCCGCUGGAGGAGCCAGGAGCUGUGCCCCAUGCAGUGCGAUAACGGGCUGGAGUACGAAGCCUGCGGCCCCGCCUGCCCCCAGACCUGCAAGAACUUCGGCCUGGAGCACGCCGAGCACUGUGAUGCUAUCUCCUGCGUGGAGGGCUGCUUCUGCCCCGACGGCAGGGUCCUGCAUGAUGGCAGCUGCAUCGACCCCGCCGAGUGCCCCUGUUACUGGGAGGGCAUCUCGUUCCCGGCGGGCGCUGUGGUGAAGCAGGAGUGCAAGAACUGCACGUGCGAGGCGGGGCUGUGGCAGUGUGAUGCCCCCGCAGAACCCUGCGUGGCCCCGGCCCGCUGCCCCGAGGCGCAGUUCGCCUGCCGCACGGGCGGGCGCUGCGUGCCCAGCGCCUGGGUCUGCGACAACGAGGACGACUGCGGGGACGGCUCGGACGAGUUCUGCGCGCCCAGCUGUGCCCCGCACCAGUUCCAGUGCACCAGCGGGCAGUGCGUGGCCUGGGGGUACCGCUGCGACGGCACCGACGACUGCCUGGACCACUCGGACGAGCGCGACUGCCCGGCGCCCGGCUGCGCCCAGCAGGAGUUCCGCUGCGCCAAUGGGCGCUGCAUCCCCCGGGCGCACGUCUGCGAUGGGGAGCUGGACUGUGGCUUCGCCGACGAGUCCGAUGAGGCUGGCUGCGGCCCCUCCUGCGGGGCCGGGGAGUUCAGCUGUGCAGCAGGGCGGUGCCUACCCUACCUGCAUCGCUGCGAUGGGCACGACGACUGCGGGGACUUCAGCGACGAGCGGGAGUGCGUGUGCCCCCCCGGCGACUUCCAGUGCCCGGACGCGCUGUGCCUCCCGCCGGCCCUGGUGUGCGAUGGGAAGAGGGACUGCCCGGCUGGCACCGAUGAGGCCUUCUGCCCAGGCCGGGUGACCUGUGCCCCGGGGCAGCUGCCAUGCCCGGACGGUUCCUGCGUCAGCCGGAUGCGGGUGUGCGACGGAGCCUGGGACUGCAGGGACGGCUCUGACGAGAGCCCAGCUCGGUGCCCCCUGCCCGUCACCCUGCCCACGGCGCUGCCCGCGACUCGCCUGCCGCCGGCCAACCGCACCGCCGCGCCCCCGUGUGGCCGCUACGAGUUCCGCUGCGGCAGCGGGGAGUGCACGCCGCGCGGCUGGGUGUGCGACGACGAGGCCGACUGCCUGGACGGCAGCGACGAGCUGGUGUGCAACCGGACCUGCGGCCUGGACCAGCACACGUGCGCCGUCAGCGCCGAGUGCAUCCCCUACGGGCAGCUGUGCGACGGCAUCCCCCAGUGCCGGGACCGGUCCGACGAGAGCACCGACAACUGCGGAUCCACCGAGAUCCCACCCUGCCCAGGGCUCUUCGUCUGCAACAACCGCAUGUGCGUGAACGUCUCCCGGGUGUGCGACGGCUUGCAGGACUGCCCCCAGAGCGAGGACGAGCUGGCCUGCGACCAUCACGUCCCACCCGGCGAGAGGAACCAGACGGUGGGGCCCUGCACCGAGUACUCGUGUGCUGAAGGCAAAUGCAUCCCCUUUAAGCAGGUGUGUAACGGGCUGGCGGAUUGCGCUGAUGGCAGCGAGGCCUCGGGAUGGCUGCCCUCCGACGAGCGGGACUGCGGGCUCUGGAGCCCCUGGGCCCCGUGGAGCACCUGCAGCCGGUCCUGUGGGACGGGCUUGCAGAUCCGCAGGCGGGUCUGCACCAGGCGGGCCAACGACGUUCUACGCCAAUGCCACGGCGAGGAGACGCAGGCCCAGCAGUGCUUCGCCGUGGCCUGCCCAGUGGACGGUGCCUGGAGCGAGUGGGCAACGUGGGCGAACUGCACCCAGGACUGCCGCGGGGUGGUGGUGCGGCAUCGGGAGUGCAUCGCGCCCCGGAACGGGGGCCGGCACUGCACCGAGCUGCCCGGAGCCUCGCCCAGCACGCUGGAGAUCAAGGCCUGCCAGCUGGAAGGCUGCCUCAACGCCACCGCCUGCCCCGCAGGCCUGGUGCGCAGGCCAUGCGCCCCGUGCCCCAUGGCCUGCGCCGAUCUGGCCAGCAAGGGCAAGUGCAAGAGGGACAGGCCCUGCAGCCCAGGCUGCUGGUGCCCGGAGGGGCUGGUGCUGGACAGUGAGCAGCAGUGCGUGCGCCCCCGGGAGUGCCCGUGCCUGGUGGAGGGCGUGCGCCACUGGCCCGGCCAGCUGGUGAAGGUGAACUGCCGCAUCUGCGCCUGCCAGGACGGGCAGAUGAAGCGGUGCCGGCAGAACCCCGAGUGCACUGUUAACUGCGGCUGGUCGGCCUGGUCUCCCUGGGGCGAGUGCCUGGGCCCCUGCGGCGUGCAGAGCAUCCAGUGGUCCUUCCGCAGCCCCAACAACCCCAGCAAACAUGGCAACGGGCACCAGUGCCGGGGCAUCUACCGCAAGGCCCGCCGGUGCCAGACGGAUCCGUGCGAGGAGUGUGAGCACCACGGCCGGUCGCACGCCAUUGGCGACCGCUGGCGAUCGGGGCAGUGCCAGGUGUGCCAAUGCCUGCCCAGCCUGACGGUGCAGUGCUCCCAGUACUGCCCGUACAGCACCGUGGGGUGCCCAGAGGGGCGGGCGCUGGUGGAGGGCAGGGGUGCGUCCUGCUGCUACUGCACUGAAGCGGGUGAGAACCGGACCAGCGCGCCUGCUGUCCAGACGGCCAGGCCCCCGGGCCCCACCCUGGCCAGCCCGGCUGCCUCCACCAGCCCUCCUCUCGUCACCUUCCCGCUGCCCCCUCUCGGAGACCGGUGCUACGGCCCCCUGGGUUUGGCCUCCUUACCGGACAGCUGCUUCACAGCCUCCUCCCAGCAGCCGGAGAACCCUGCCCACGCCGGGCGCCUCAACUACGUGCUGCCAGGCUCGGACCUGCAGGGCUGGGGGCCCCAGGCAGAGGUGUACCAGGAGCUGGUCUCCAAGCCGCCCUACCUGCAGGUGGAUCUGCUGGAGCCCAGGAACCUCACAGGGGUGGUGGUGCAGGGGGCAGGCUCCUCGGACGCCUACGUUACCAGCUUCCUCCUGCAGUUCAGCAUGGACGGGCUGAGGUGGCACGAGUACCGGGAGGUCUCUGCGGACGCCCAGCCGGAGCCCAAGCUGUUCCUGGGGAACGCCGACGACUCCACGCCGGUGGUGAGGACGUUCCAGCGCAUGGUCCGUGCCCGGCACGUCCGCAUCCUCCCCCACGACUUCCACCACGGGAUCUUCCUGCGGGCCGAGCUGCUGGGCUGCGAGAGAGUGCCCCCUGUGCCACCUGGGGCACCGACGGCACCAGCGGGCCGGAGGCCCUGCCGGGCCGGUGAGUUCCAAUGCCGCAACGGACGCUGUGUCCCCGCCGGGCCCCGCGGCGCCGUGUGCAACGGAGUCGACGAUUGUGGAGACUUCUCGGACGAGCUGCGCUGCGGGACAGCCCCAUCCGUGGGGCCCUCCGCCCCCUGGCGCUGCCCCCUCUCCCACUUCCACUGCGCGCUGUCUGACGGCUGCAUCGACGCCUCCCGGCGGUGCGAUGGCAUCGCCGACUGUCCGGACGGCACCGACGAGGCCGGCUGCGGCGCCCUGCCCGGGAGCACAGUGCCCCCUGCCAGCACAGCCAGCAGCUGGGCCCCCGGGCAGCCCUCGCCACCCACCCAGGAGGUGUCCCAGGGCACAGAGGGCUGGCUAUUCCCUGGAGACGUCCUCCCCACCCCCACAGGUCCCUGCAGCGAGCCGCUGGGCCUGGACGACGGCAGGAUCCGCUACCAGCAGCUGAGCGCCUCCUCCCACCGGGACAGCAACCCCCCGGAUGCCGGGCGCCUCAACAUGGUGCCCAACAUACUGAACAUCGAGCCAGGCUGGAGCCCCCUGGAGACCGACGGCAGCCCGUACUUCCAGGUGGACUUCCUGCAGCCCACCUUUGUGAGCGCACUGGUCACGCAGGGCGGGCCGACGGCCGGGGGCUACGUCACCAGGUAUCGUCUGCAGUACAGCCACGACGGGGUGCACUACCGUGACUACACGGGGGCAGCACGCGGCGCUGUGCCCCCCCAGCCGGCUCAGGUACUGGAGGGAAACUUCGACAGUCACACGCCGGUGCAGAGGGAGCUGCGCCCCCUGAUCCUCGCCCGCUACCUGCGGCUGGUGCCUGUGGAGUAUCACCGGAGCAUCCACCUGCGCAUGGAGGCGCUGGGCUGCCCCUGGAGUGCUGCUCCACUGGGGCCCAGGCCCACCUCUGAGCAGCCCCUGCUCCCCACGGCGACUCUGGUCCCAGGAUCCAGGAUUCCCAGCACAGUCAAUGAGAGCCGUGAGGCCAAACCCACGGGCCAGCCAGUGAAGCCGCCGGGCACCAUGGCAGCAGGGAAGGAGCCGGGCACCAUGCCAACGCUGGGGACGACAGGGCCUGCAGGGGACAUGCGCAGCCCUGGAGCAGCUGGCCCCGAGGGGGUUCAGUGCCAGCCCCCCAGCCCGUGUGUUCUUCCAGCAGGGCUGCCCUUCCCCCGGCUCCUCUGCACCCAGGGCCAGUUUGCCUGCGAGGUGCUGGGCUGCGUGGAGGCCGCCUUCGUGUGCGACGGGCAGGAGGACUGCCUGGACGGGUCGGACGAGUGGCACUGCGGAGGCCCCACCGCCUCGGCCGUCCCCAUCGCCACCCUGGCCUCCCCGACCGGGCGGCCCAGCGUCUGCUCUGCCAAGCAGCUGUCCUGUGGCAGCGGGGAGUGCCUGGCCCUGGAGAAGCGCUGUGACCUGCACCCGGACUGCCAGGACGGCUCUGACGAGAGCAGCUGUGUGGACUGCAUCCUGUCUCCCUGGAGCGGCUGGAGCGAGUGCAGCCGGUCGUGCGGGCUGGGCGUCACCUUCCGCCAGCGGGACCUGCUCCGGAACGCCCUGCCCGGGGGCCAGUGCGAACGCAACGAGUUCGACAGCCGCUCCUGCUUCCUCCGGGCCUGCCCAGUGAAUGGCACCUGGGCCCCCUGGGGCGAGUGGUCGGACUGCGACGCCGAGUGCCGGGGCGGAGUGCGGAGCCGCACGAGGAGCUGCGCUGACCCCCCGCCCAAGAACGGGGGCCAGCCCUGCCCCGGCGACGCCGUGCAGACAGAGCCCUGUAACCUGCAGCCCUGCGGGGAUGCCCGCGACUGUGGCCCCGAGAUGGUGCACGUGCAGGCAGGGGACUGCGAGAGGGGCCUGGUGGCGCCAUGCCCCCAGUCUUGCCGGGAGCUGAACGCCGAGAGGAGCUGCCACAGCCGCUGUGUGGAGGGCUGCCGGUGCCCGCCGGGGCUCUACCUGCAGGAGGGCGGCUGCGUGAACGUCAGCCAGUGCCACUGUGACUUCAGCCAGGAGCGGCGCCUCCCCGGGGAGAUGUUCCUGCAUGACAACUGCAGCCAGUGCGUGUGCCUGGACGGGGUGGUGACAUGCGACGACCUGGCCUGCCCCGUUAACUGCGGCUGGUCGGCCUGGUCCCCGUGGACACCCUGCGACCGCAGCUGCGGAGUCGGCAUGCGGGAGAGAUUCAGAUCCCCCACCAACCCGGCACCUGCCAACGGCGGAGCCCCGUGCGAGGGGGACGCACAGCAAGUCCGCGAGUGCCACACGGCCUGUGUCUCCGAGCCCACCGGCCCCUGGAGCGACUGGACGCCCUGGUCCCCCUGCUCCAAGACCUGCUUCUACGAUGUGGACCAUGUCGGCGUGAGGAAGCGGUUCCGUCACUGCAACGACACCGGGGAGGGUGCUGGGCGAUGCCAGGGGGCACCCGUGCAGGAGGAGCAGUGUGACACGCCGCCCUGCCCCGUGGGAGGCGUCUGGACCCCCUGGACGGCCUGGUCCCGAUGCUCCGCUACCUGCGACUCCGGCGUCCAGACCCGCAGCCGCACCUGCUCCAACCCGGCCUACGGAGGGCCCGAGUGCACGGGGCCCCUUGUCCAGACCCGGGACUGCGACAGCCAGCCCUGCCGAGCACUGUGCCCCGCGCCCAUGAUCUACCAGACGGCUGAGGAGUGCCGACGAGCAGGGGGCGCCUGCCCGCGGCUCUGCAUGGACCAGGGUGCCGGUGUGGAGUGUGCCUCCCGCUGCUACCAGGGCUGUUACUGCCCCGACGGCCUCUUCCUGCAGAACGACAGCUGUGUGCCGCAGAGCCGGUGCCCGUGCUACCACCGGGGGGCGCUCUACCAGCCGGGCGACACCGCCCCCCGCGACGCCUGCAACAACUGCACCUGCGUGGCCGGGGAGAUGGUGUGCGACACGGAGCCCUGCCCAGUGCACUGCGGCUGGAGCGGCUGGACCGAGUGGAGCUCCUGCAGCCGCAGCUGCAACGUGGGCACCCGGCGGCGUUACCGCUCUGGUUCCGAUCCGCCUGCCGCCUUCGGGGGCCGCGACUGCCAGGGCCCCGGCGUGGAGAUCGAGUUCUGCAGCCUGCAGCCCUGCAGGGGCUCCGGGGCAGAGUGGGGUCCCUGGUCGGAGUGCUCCGUGCCCUGCGGGGGCGGCUAUCAGAACCGCACACGGGGCAGCACCGUCCUGCACCGGAUCGAGUUCACCACCUGCAACCUCCACCCCUGCGCCGGUGAGGUGCCCGGCGUCUGCCCAGAGGGGAAGCUGUGGCAGGAAUGCGCUGACGCGCCGGCCUCCUGCGCGGAGCUGGGCACGGAGCCCCCUGCUGACAGGCCCUGCCACGCUGGCUGUUACUGCCCCCCCCAGCACCGUCCUGCUGGUGCAAAUAACCUGUGCGUGGCGGAGUCGGAGUGCCCCUGUGCCGAGGGCGGAGUGCUCUACGCCCCGGGAGACGUGGUGCCCAAGGGCUGUGAGAACUGCUCCUGUGAGGCCGGCCGGAUCUCCAACUGCUCCCGGGUGGCCUGUGGGGACGUGAGCGGCAGCUGGUCAGACUGGACGCCCUGGAGCGAGUGUUCAGCCUCCUGCGGGCUGGGGCUCCAGAACCGGUACCGGUUCUGCACGGCCCCCCCUCUGUCUGGGUCCGGACUGCCCUGCCGGGGGCCAGAGCGAGAGGAGCAGCCCUGCCACGUCCAGCCCUGCUCCAGGGACGGCGGCUGGAGCAAGUGGAGCCCCUGGACCGAGUGCACCAAGAGCUGCGGGGAAGGGCUGCGGAGCCGGGCCCGAGCCUGCGACAGCCCCGCCCCGCUGGGCCACGGCGACUACUGCGAGGGGCCCCCCGCCCAGGUGGAGGCCUGCCGCCCGGGGCAGUGCCCAGCUCUGGACUGCGCGACCGUGCAGGGCUCCAUGGCCAGCCGCUGCGGCCCCUCCUGCCCCCGUUCCUGCGACGACAUCGCGCACUGCAUGUGGAGCUGCGAGGCCGGCUGCUACUGCACCAGCGGCAGGGUGCUGAACGCCAAUGGCUCGGCCUGCGUGGAGAGGCAGGACUGCACCUGCCUGGACCUGCUCACCCAGGAGAGGUAUCUGCCGGGGGAGACCGUGGCCCACCAGGACGGCUGCAACAACUGCACCUGCACCAGGGGGAUGCUGCUCUGCACCAGCCUGCCCUGCCCUGUGGCCGGAGGCUGGUGUGACUGGUCCCCAUGGACCCCCUGCUCCCGGACCUGCGGAAGUGAGGUGGUGACGCGGUACCGCGGCUGCGCCUGCCCCACACCUCAGCAUGGGGGGGCCGAUUGUGCCGGGGCGCAGGAGCGUCACGGGGACACCGGCACCCAGCUCCAGCACAAGGAGUGCCCCUCGGCUGCCUUCUGCCCCGUGGACGGUGGCUGGAGUUCCUGGGGGCCAUGGUCGGCCUGCACCGCCUGCGCCGGGGAGUCGGCACGGAGCCGGGAGUGCAGCAGCCCCCCCGCCCGCUUCGGGGGCUUGCCCUGCCCCGGAGAAGCCCGGCAGAGCCGCGCCUGCCACGAUGGAGACACCGUGUGUGAAGGCUGCGGCGGGGGGCAGGUGGCUUUCGCCUGUGGCAAACCUUGCCCACGCUCCUGUGAGGACCUGCAGGCGGACGCGGCCUGCCUGGACAGCCCCCAGUGCCAGCCCUCGUGCGGCUGCCCCGCUGGCCAGCUCCUCCAGGACGGGGCGUGUGUGAGCCUGGCACAGUGCUCCUGCAAGUACCGCAAUGGCUCCCUGGAGGCUCCGGAGCAGCAGCCCCUCUCGUCCUGGGCUGGCCCCGUGCCCUGGGAGUACGCGCAGCCUGGGCAGACGGUGUACGGGCCCUGCCAGAACUGCACCUGUGAGGACGGGCACCUGCAGUGCCGCGCUGACCCUGCGUGCCGGCUGGACGGCGGCUGGGGGGCCUGGGGGCCGUGGUCGCCCUGUCCCCAGCGCUGCCAGGAGGGCACCCAGUUCCGCUUCCGAGAGUGCGAUAACCCGGCCCCCCAACACGGGGGCAGGGGCUGCACCGGGGACAGCCAGCAGCAGCGAGCCUGCCACCAGGGCGAGCCGCCCUGCCAAGAGGAGGCGCCGUGGAGCGACUGGUCCCCGUGGGCCCCGUGCAGCGUGUCCUGUGGCGGGGGAGAGCAGAUCCGCAAGCGCCGAUGUCGCCAGCCGGCCUGCCAGGGGCUGGCCGUGCAGAGCAAGACCUGCCACACCCAGGUCUGCCUCGAGGUGGGCUGCCCGGCAGGGCGCCUGUACCGGGAGUGCCUGCAGGAGGAGGGCUGCCCGUACAGCUGUGCCCACCUCACCCGCCAGAUGGACUGCUUCUCCGACGGCUGUGAGGAGGGCUGCCACUGCCCAGCGGGCACCUACCAGCACGACGGAGCUUGCGUCCAGGAGUGCCCCUGCCUGGUCACCGAGGAGACCCUGCAGAAGCUCCAGAACCAUUCGGCAAACGCCAGCGCCCUCGCGGCUGUGCUCACCUCCCAGGGCCGCUGGGUCUCUCUGGGCCAGGAGGUGCAGCCCCGCGACACCAUCCGCUCCGCCUGCAGCACCUGCACCUGCCACAAUGGCCAGCUGAAUUGCUCCUUCACCCGGUGCCCCCUGGAUGGCGGCUUCACGCCCUGGAGCCCCUGGACACCCUGCUCCGUGAGCUGCGGGGGGUUGGGGCACAUGACCAGGGCACGGGGCUGCACCAGCCCCGCUCCUGCCAACGGAGGGAAGGACUGCGUGGGCCCUCGGACUGACAUCAAGUACUGCCAGACACCAGACUGCCCCGUGGCGCCUGGUCCCACGAAGGAGCCUGUCUCCAGUGUGCCAGGCUAUGAGGAGGGCUUCAGCCUCUGGUCCCCCUGGAGCCCCUGCUCCAAAACCUGCACCGAUCCCGAGUUCCCAGCCAGGAAAACCCGGACCCGGGUCUGUGGGGGAGGAGCCAACUGCACCGGGGAGUCGUUCCAGGAGCGGGCGUGUAACCUGCCCCAGUGCACAGAUGCGCCCCCGUGCCUGGGUGAGGAGUGCGCUGGCAGGAACUGCAGCUGGACCCCGUGGGCGCCAUGGAGCGAGUGUUCCCGCAGCUGCGGCGUGGGCCAGCAGGGACGUCUGCGCACCUACCACCCCCCCGGCGAGCGGGGGCUCUGGUGCCAGGGCAUCCUGACCGCAAACACCGAGCAGCGCUUCUGCAACCUGCAGGCCUGCAAAGUGGCCGGAGCCUGGUCCAAGUGGAGCCCGUGGUCGUGGUGCGACCGCACCUGCGGGGGGGGGCGCUCCGUGCGCACUCGUACCUGCACCAGCCCCCCGCCCAAGAACGGAGGGUCCCACUGCCCAGGGGAGAAGUACCAGGGGCGCGUCUGCAACCCCCGGCCCUGCGAGGAGGGAUGCCCGCCUGCCAUGGCCAUGGUGGACUGCGCCAACAGAUGCCCACGCCAUUGCUGGGACCUGCAGGAGGGCAUCACGUGCCAGGACGGGGAGGCCUGCGAGCCCGGCUGCCGCUGCCCAGACGGGACCCUGGAGCAGGACGGCGCCUGCGUCUCCCCGCAGCACUGCGAGUGCACCGAUGCCCAGGGGCACAGCUGGGUGCCAGGCAGCCUGCGGCACGACGGCUGCAACAACUGCACCUGCUCCGAGGGGCGGCUGCUCUGCACCCACCGCACCUGCCCCCCCAGCCAGUGCGACUGGAGCCACUGGUCCAGCUGGUCCCAGUGCAGCGUCACCUGUGGGGACGGGCUGCAAACCCGGUUCAGGACGGCCACGUCGGGCUCCUGGGCCAGGGAGUGCCAGAAGGAGCAGCUGCAGACCCGGCCCUGCCCCCAGGGGCCCUGCCCCCCGCUGUGCCCACACCAGGGCUGGGAGAGACGCCUGGGGGACACCUGGCUGCUGGGCGAGUGCCAGCAAUGUAUCUGCACCCCGGAGGGCAUCUACUGCCAGGACAUCGCAUGUGCGGUGCACGGCUCCUGGACGCCCUGGUCUCCCUGGUCCGACUGCCCCGUGACCUGUGGCAACGGCACCCACGUCCGCACCAGGGCCUGCAUCAACCCGCCUCCACGCAACAAUGGCUCGGACUGCGCCGGCCCCGAGGCCGAGGCCCAGGGCUGCGCUGCCCGGCCCUGCCCAGCGGCCGAGCGAUGCGACUGGUCGGCCUGGAGCCCCUGCUCACGCACCUGUGGUACCGGUCUGGCCAUGCGGACGGGGACAUGCGCCUGCCCCAGCCCCGAGGGUCCCGGCACCCCCUGCAAUGCCAGCGCCCGCCAGGAGGUGGAGCCCUGCUACCUGCGGCCCUGUGAAGGCGACUGCUCCUGGAGCCCCUGGACGCCAUGGACCCAGUGCUCCUGCAGCUUCCUGGUGCAACAGCGCUACCGGAACCAGCUGGGCCCGGGCCCCCAGGGGCUGUGCGUGGGGCUGGACGGCCAGUUCCGCACCUGCAACGCCUCCCAGUGCUCGGAGGCCAGCUGUGAGCCUCCCUUCGAGUUCCGGGAGUGCGGGUUCCCCUGCGCCAGCCUGUGCUCCACGCUGCAGCGCCAGGAGCUGUGCACAGACAUCCCGCUGUGCCUGCCCGGCUGCUACUGCCCGCAGGGCCUGGUGGAGCAGAGGGGAGCCUGCAUGCCCCCCGCACAGUGUGGCUGCCUCCACCUGCGCCCGGGCGAGGGGCCCGUGUACCUGGCGGCAGGGGACACCGUGCUCGUCGGCUGCAAAGAGUGCGUGUGCCAGGAGGGGGCGCUGCAGUGCAGCAGCCAGAGCUGCCAGGGCCUGCUGCCCCUCAGCGAGUGGUCGGCCUGGACGCCCUGCACCUCCUGCCUGCCCCUCUCAGCUCUCCGCCCUGGCACCCUCUCCGUGCUCCUGGCGCAGCAUGGCGGCUGGCAGGACAGUGGGCACCCCCAGCCAGACGUCGGCCCCCUGGCCUCGGUGCAGCAUCGCUACAGGCUGUGCCUGGACCCCCAGACCGGCCUGCCCUGGGCCGGCGAGGCAGCGCUGUGCUCAGCCGAGUUGCAGCAGGAGCAGCUCUGCCCCAACCCCCACCUCUGCGAAGAUCUCUGCCUGUGGAGCGAGUGGGGCCCCUGGGGCCCGUGCCGGGAGCCCUGCAGCGGUGGCUUCCGGCUGCGCCGGCGCUACGUCCGGGACCCGGCCGAGGACAGGCAGUGCUGGGGAGCCCGGGUCCAGUCGGAGAGCUGCAACACGGCCGCCUGCCCAGGGGAGGAGUGCGAAGAUCGGGGCAAGGAGCAUGCCCCGGCCUGCGCCAACCGCUGCCCCCGCACCUGUGCUGACCUGUGGGACCACGUGGAGUGUCUGCAGGGGGAGUGCAAGCCAGGCUGCCGGUGCCCCGAGGGGCAGCUGCUGCAGGACGGCGUGUGCGUGCCAAUCCUGGCCUGCCGCUGCGGGCUGCCCACAGCCAACGGCACGCGGGAGCUCUGGCCGGGGCAGGCGGCCGAGCUGGACUGUCACAACUGCACGUGUGCGAACGGCAUCUUCGCCUGCCCCGAUCCGGAGUGCCCCUCCUACGGGCCCUGGGCGGAGUGGAGCCCCUGCUCCGUCACCUGCGGGGGAGGCAGCGCCCUCCGGCACCGCCCCUGCCAGGAGAGCCCCGCCGGGGCCCCCUGUACCCCCGACGGCAUGGAGGAGAUCACGGAGUGCAAUCUGCAGCCCUGCCCGGCCGGCUGCCAGCUGAGCCCGUGGUCGGCGUGGAGCCCCUGCAGCGCCAGCUGUGGGGGGGGCGUGUCGGAGCGGAGCCGGAGCCUGCUGUCCCCAGGGGAGGGCCGGGGGGAGCACUGCCCUGCCCCCCUGCUGCUGCACCGCGCCUGCCAGACCCACAACUGCACGCCAGAGUGCCCGGGCACCCAGGUGUACAGCAGCUGCGCCAAUGCCUGUCCCCGCACCUGCUCCGACCUGCGCCCCGGGACCGAGUGCCUGCGGGAGGAGUGCCAGCCCGGCUGUGCCUGCCCUCCUGGCCAGGUGCUGCAGGGCGGGGGGUGCGUGCCCCCGGAGGAAUGCCGCUGUUCGUUGGUCCCUGCACCUGCUGUGCCCUGGGCCUCCAACCUGUCGCAGGAGGAGCGGGCGAGAGAGUACCCGGCCGGCAGCACCAUCUUCCACCAGUGCAACAGCUGUGUCUGUCGCAGAGGCGCCUUCAGCUGCUCCCAGCGGGACUGCAACGUGGACUGCCUCUGGUCCGCGUGGUCAGCCUGGUCGGCGUGCUCAGUGACGUGUGGGCCGGGCGUGCGGGUCUCCCAGAGACACCAGCUCCAACAGCGCCUGUACGACGGGGCCGAGUGCCUGGGCCCCCCGACGCGCCGGACGCCCUGCUCCCUGCCCGACUGCGCCUGCCCCACAGGGGAGAGUUGGCACGGCCCUGGCCCCACGGCGCCCUGCGAGCGAACCUGCCAGCAGAUCUACGAGGAGCCCCGCCACAACUGCAGUGCGGGGGCCGUGCCAGGCUGCGUCUGCGAGGCCGGGCGGUACCGGGACAGCAGUGGGCACUGUGUCACCGCCGCCCACUGCGAGUGUGAGCACGGGGGCCAGCUGCGCCCGCCCGGAGCCGAGUGGCAGGAGGGCUGUGAGAGCUGCCGCUGCCUGAACGGGAGGGCCGUGUGCACGGCUGGCUGCCCCCCUCUCGUCUGCCUCGAGGGGGAAGUGAAGGUGCAGGAGCCCGGCAGCUGCUGCCCCGUGUGCCGGAGAGAAUCAUUCGAGGAGCCGUCGUCCGCGUGCCAACGCUACACCGAGGUGCGGAACAUCACCAAGGGGCGCUGCACCCUGCACGGCGUGGAGGUGAGCUACUGCAGCGGCCGCUGCGCCUCCCGCACCAACGUCACCUCCGAGGAGCCGUACCUGCAGACGCUGUGUACCUGCUGCAGCUACCACCUGGACCCAGUGAGCCCCGUGCGCAUCCUCAGCCUGCCGUGCGAGGACGGGGAGGUGGAGCCGGUGGUGCUGCCCAUCAUCCACAGCUGUGAAUGCAGCCCCUGCCAGGGUGGGGACUUUUCCGAGCGCUGAUGGCCCGUGGCCGGGCGGGAUGGUGUCUGACUGGGGCCCCCGCGCUGUGCCGGCGGCCGAGGACGGCGAGAUGGCAGCGUGUGUCCUAGCUGCAGGCUCCCCAGACUCCCCGCACUGCCCGCCGGGCUUGUCCUGCUGUAGCUCAGUAAUAAAGUGAACAGAGCUGGUUCCAAA